AAUUAAUUUCAAAUUGUAAAAUUAUUUCAUCAUAACUAUUUAAUCUUUAUAUUACUCAUCAAGUUUUUAGAUCAUAUAUUUAAUUACUUUAUAAUGAAUUUUAUUAAAAAUAUUAUUAAAUGGAUUAAUUACUAUUACUAUAUUUAAUAUGGCUCAACAAUUAUCGGGUGUAACAGUAGUUAUAAUAAUAGCUAUUGGUAUUCUGACUUUCAUUUUGUUAUUUAUAUUCGCUAAACGACAAAUUAUGAGAUUUGCAUUACGAUCUAGAAGAGGUCCUCAUGUACCAAUUGGCCAUGAUGGAAAAAAGGCUUUCAAGAGAGAAAUUGAAAGACGCAUAGAAAUAAUUCCUAGAAUAGCCUUUGAACCUAAGCUUAUAACUAAUAAACAAAAUGAUCAUUCAAAAUAUAUAUUACCUCCAGCAGAGUCUAAUCAAAAAUCAUUACCGGGUCAUUACUAUCGAAUGAAAACCUGUGAUGACAUUAAAAUACUUGAAAACGAAAUAACUAAGCUAGAUAAAAUAUUGAUUCGACAUCCGAGUGAAAACUUACGCUCAUAUUUACUUAAUACAUUAGCUGUACUACUAGAUGGUAGUGGGCAACACAUAGUCCAUCAGUUUUGUGAUCUUUAUGAACAUGCACGUUACGAUCCAAAUGAUUAUUCUAAUGAAGAAUAUCAGUCAUUCACUAGACUACUUAAAAAAUUAAUUGACAUUGCAAAAUUACUGAAGUCAUAUUCAGGAGAAAGUCAUAAAAAUAGUUCAAAUAAGACUCCAACUCGUAAUAAUAAUAUAAGAUCUGGGAAUGGUGAUACUAUAAAUCGUUUAAAAGUAACCUAAUAUUUUAUAUGUUAACUCCUAAAUGUCAAUAUUUAUAUUUUCACCCAUCUAAUAACUUAAACUAUCAACAUAUAUAUACUUAUUAAUUUUGUGUAUUAGAAUUAGUGUUUGAUUAUAUUCUAUCAUUAUAAUUUAUUGAAAUACUUAUAAUGUGUAUAAUAUGCAAAGUCAGGCAAUGAUUAUUAUUUAUAUAUAAAAUAUAAAGUAUAUAAAAUCAAAUAUCAUUGAUAUUUUUUUCAAAUAUGUACCAUGUUAAAAUGAUUAUUUUAAAAUUAAUUACAACAUUGCUUUUUUUAUUUAUAAAAUCCAAUAAACCACUACCCUUUAACCAUUUAUAUCUGUUAUCUGUUACCUUCAUUAAGUAAAACAAGUGUUCUAUAUCUCUGUAAAAAAUAUAAAAUUGUUAUUAAAAAUGUUAUUUCUCAAACAAUAUGAAAAAGAGUAAUUAUUAUUUUUAGAAUAUUACAACACCUUAUUGUUCAUUGUAGCAUAAAAGAAAUUUCUUACAUAAUUAUAAAUUUUUAAAUGUAAACACAUAAGAUCAUAUCUUAACUGUGAUGUCAGUUUGAUUAAAAAUUACUGUUCACCAUCUAUUUGAUUAAUCAUCAUAUACCUAGUCUUGACAAUACAGUCAAAUGUAUUUUUAUUUUUAUAUGAGCUUUGACUCUUUUAUUAUAAAAAGUUAUUUUAAUAUGAUAAAACUCAUAGUUAUUUAAUUGUUGUAAAAAUAAGUUUUGUAUGAACAAAAACAUUACUGUAAUAUUUAAAAAGUUGUAUAGACAGAAUGUUUUUAGGACCAAUACAAAUGAAUACAUAUGUUCUUAAAACUAAUUUUAUUAUCAAUUUAGUACAUAGACUUUACACAUCUCUAUUUUCAUUUAUAAAUGGUAUCAGAGGUAUAUGUAGGAAAUUUACUGUAUAAAAAAAAUAUUCUACUCACUUGACCAAAAUUUCCUCAGCAAUAUAUUAGAAAAAACAUCUUAUGAUUAUAUAAUAAAAAUAGAUCAUUUGAGGCUAAUUAAUUAAAUAAAAUUAAAACUAUAUUAAAAAUAUUAUUUAUUGAAAAACUAAAUAAUAUUAAACUCAAAGCCUCAAAAAAUUUACUGAAAAGUUGUGGAUACGAAUAUCAGUAUGUGUUUAGCAUUGAAAAUGGUAACAUUGUUUCCGAAAUACGUCUCUGCGACUUCAGUAAUUUUUUGUGGCUUUUGAGUUUAAUAUUUUUUAGUUUUUAAACAAAUAAUAUUUUUAAUAUAGUUUUAAUUUUAUGAUUAGACCAGUGCCUUUUGUGUGUCUUUUAUAAUUAAAAAGUAUUAAAGGUAUACAUAAAAAUACAUUUACUUAUAGACAUAAGUGUUAUGGGUUUUUUUUUAAUAUUCCAUAGUAAUAGUAAUAGUUAUAUCUUAUUUUUUGAUAGUUAUAUGUCUGAAAUGCCCUUUACAAUUUCAAUAACUGGGGUUAAUGUUUCCUGUGGCUCUACCUAAAUACAUCUUUAAAUAGCAUAUUGAUAAAACUACAUAAUAUUUUGAUAUUUAAGGCUGUAUUUAAAUUUUAUUGAGAUAUUAUAUAAAUUGAAUUUAUUAAUAACAUUUAUAUUAAAUGUAUUAUAAUUGUACAAAAUUUAUUUAUGAUUUUGAAUGUCAGUUAAGGUUAGUUAUUUAUUUUAU